ACCACAAGAUUAAUGCAUAGUGUUCAGAAAUGUAAAUGCCAAACGAAUAACCACAGUGUACAGAGAGGAACAAAUACAGAGUGUUACUGAAGCUAAUGCAAGCACACAGGAUAAAAGAGAGGCACAGUACAAUGGUUGAGUGGAUAGAGAAGAAAGGGAGGGCUUGUGAUGGUCUGAAGAAAAAGGGGCACAUUGAUGGAAAAUGGGAGGUAUAAAAGUGGAGGAGGAGAAAAGAAGGAUCCUGCAGAAGAAACACUGGCUGUUGUGUUUGGUGUCUGCAGAGUUUGUUGGAAAACAGCUUUGGCAAGGACUUAAAAUACUUAAAAUUAAUAGAUGAUCUGGAACAUCUAACAAUAAAAUGCCACUUACACAUAAUAUCAGUCCAUCAUCCAAACACUUCUCUCUUCAGCGCAAAGGGUUAAAGGGAACUACUUUUGCAACGUGACUUGAAAAGACAGUCAGUCCAUCCAAUGGCAAGCAAAGGCUUGUAGAAGGGGUUUCUAGACACUGGAAUUUACAAUUGCUCUGCAUUGGAUCUUCAUCUGUGAUUCAACAGUGCUGAAGACCUGAUCAUUGUGUGACUUUGUAUCUGCCAGGACUGGGACAAUCAGUCAUUUUUGUUACAUUAUCACAGAGGAGGAUUAUUUCAGGACCUGGAACCUUCAUAAUAUACUGCAGCAUUUUCAUCAGCAAAUAUGUCUCAUUCAGAUUCAGACGAGUCUGAUACCCCUCAAAACAGAUUCAGUCUAGAGGUCCACGAUAAAGACACACUUGCUGCCUUUAGUAAAGGAGAAAAGAACCAAGAUGGAAAAAAGGAUAAGAAGCCUCCCAUGGAGUCAGCCCUUCAGAAAGAAAGUGACAGGUUUCCAGCUGAAAUUGGAUUUAACCUGGAUUUUUUAACCGAAGUUCAAGGCAAUGGAAACAACCCCCCUGACAUUGACCCUGCCGAUGUAUACACAAGAGACAGACUUUUUGAUGCUGCAGCUACAGGGAAUACAGAGGAUUUAUCUGGACUUAAAGAUUAUCUUCAAAAAACAAUGAAGCGUCUAACCAACACAGAGUUCAAAGAUCCUGACACAGGCAAGACAUGUUUGCUAAAGGCUAUGUGGAAUUUGAAUAAAGGAACAAAUGCGGCUAUCCCAAUAUUGCUGGAAACAGCAGAAGAAACAAAUAAUUUAGAAGAGUUUGUCAAUGCAGCAUACACCAAUGAUUAUUAUCGUGGACAGACUGCUCUUCACAUAGCCAUAGAGAAAAGAAACUUAAAUCUAGUUCAACUACUCAUGAGGAACAAAGCUGAUGUCCAUGCCAAAGCUGAAGGAGAGUUUUUCCAGAAGAAGGAGAAGGGUGUCAGCUUUUACUUUGGAGAGCUCCCACUUUCAUUGGCCGCCUGUACCAAUCAACCUGAAAUAGUCAAUUAUCUUCUGGAUAACCCAUACAGAAAGGCUGAUCUUGCUGCCAGAGAUAGCCAUGGUAACACUGUCUUGCACGCAUUGGUCUGGGUGGCGGAUAACACUAAAGAAAACACAGAGACAGUCACUAAGAUGUAUGAUAACAUCUUGAAGAAAUCCAUGACAAUCAACCCAACACUGAAACUGGAACAACUAACGAACUGGGAAGGCCUAACACCAUUGAAGCUGGCUGCAAAGACUGGUAAAAUUGAGUUGUUCAAACACAUCCUUCAUAGAGAAGCUACCAGCCCCGAGUAUAGAUUUCUUUCUAGAAAAUUCACAGAAUGGACCUAUGGCCCAGUGCACACUUCUCUGUAUGACUUGUCAGAUGUGGAUACACAUGAACCUGAUUCAGUUUUGGAAACAAUUGUAUUUAAAAGCAAUGCAAAUAAUCGACAUAAAAUGAUACUCCUGGAACCAAUAAAUCAUUUGCUUGAAAAUAAAUGGGACACAUUUGCUAGCAAAAUAUUUUAUCUGAAGACCUUAUUCUACUUUGCUUACAUGAUUAUAUUCACAGUGACGGCUUAUAAUAGACCCCUUACUGGACAGCCACCAUUCCCACUGGAAGGGACACCAAAGGACACAUUUCGUGUGAUUGGGGAAAUUAUAAUCAUGCUUGGUGGAGUCUACAUCCUAAUAUGCCAGAUUAUUUACUUCUGGAAGCGACGCCCCUCGCUACAGAUCAUUAUGAUGGAUGGUUAUUUUGAAUUUCUUUUUUUUCUUCAGGCUGUUAUACUGCUGUGCAGUGGCAUCAUGUAUCUUGCGGGGAAUGAGGCAUAUGUGACCCUGCUGGUUUUUGCCCUGGUCAUUGGAUGGGUGAAUAUUUUAUAUUACACUCGUGGCUUCCAGAUGACUGGGAUAUACAGUGUGAUGAUACAGAAGACCAUACUAAGAGACAUGAUUCGCUUUGUGUUUGUGUACCUAGUCUUCCUUUUUGGCUUUGCAGCAGCUCUGGUAACCCUUGCUGGGGAAUCUCCUCAAGAAACCGGAAACGGCACUGAAGCCGAAAAAAAAGAAGGUGUAUCUUAUGAUGGGCUAUAUAUCGCCUCUUUGGAGCUCUUCAAGUUCACAAUUGGCAUGGGGGACCUGGAAUUUAAUGAGAACCUAAAAUUCAAGCACUUCUUCAUGUUCCUCCUCAUUCUGUAUGUGGUUCUUACCUACAUCCUUCUUCUGAAUAUGCUCAUUGCCUUAAUGAGUGAGACAGUCAACAAGGUUUCCAAUGAGAGCAAGAGCAUAUGGAAGCUGCAGAGAGCAGCCACCAUCUUGGACAUAGAGAGGUUCUUGCCCCAGUCCCUAAGGAAGAAGUGGAAAUCUGGACUUUGGCUUACUGUGGGUAAAACCCCUGAAGGAAAGCCUGAUAAGAGAUGGUUCUUCAGAGUAGAGGAAAUGCUUUGGGAAUCCAUGGAUAAAAUUCCAUCAAAUCUUAAUGAGGAACCUGGAGAUACUGAAAAAGCAAAAGUAAACUCAGUUUACAAACGCCCUAAAGGAUGGAGUCACUGGGUUACUAAAGCUCAGGAAAAAGCAAGAGAAGAGGAAGAAGUACCCUUAAGUUCUGGGGCCACAAGUCCUACAGAUGUUGAGAAAGGAUAUAACAAGAUGAGCUAAAAAAAAAAAGCUCGAAUUUCAUCUCUUAGUCUGCAUUUGCCAAAAUGACAUGUAUUUGGAGCCAGCAUCUCAUCACAAAAAAUCCUUCAUAUUCAGUGACUAUAUAAAUGUAAAUGUUUGUGUAAUCAAACCAUAGAAAGCAAAUUAUUUCUUAUUAUGAUUACAUUACAUCUGCGUUAGCAUGUUUACCAGUAUGACUAUUUUUAAGCAUUUAAAAAAGUAGAGAACAAAAUAUCAAUAACGUCGAGUGUUCCAAGCUUCCCUAAA